UGCCAUUCUGUUUAUUCUGUUUCUGUGAGAGUGGAGCAGCGCAUACCGCAUCUGAGCAUCACAGUCAUCAUGUCUUACAGAAUGAUGGACAGCAGUCACUCACAGCCGAGAGACUUCAACAACCUCACCCAGACAUGCAGCUCAAACAUCCAGAAAAUCACACAAAACACUGGCCAAAUCAAGAGCAUGCUGUUCCAACUCGGUACCAGACCAGACACACCAGAACUUCAGGACAGACUCCAGCAAAUGCAGCACUACACAAACCAGUUAGCAAAAGAGACCAACAGACAUCUGAAAGACCUGGGCUCUUUACCACAGCCACAGUCUCCUUCAGAACAGCGGCAGCAGAGGAUUCAGAAAGACCGUCUGAUGAAUGACUUCUCAGCUGCCCUCAAUAACUUCCAAGUGGUCCAGCGGCGAGCCGCAGAGAGGGAGCGCGAAUCAGUGGCGCAGGCUCGAGCUGGCUCCAGACUCCAGGUUGAUGAGCUCAGUCAAGAUGAACAACUUGUGACAUUUGAAAAAAAUGAAGGGUGGAAGAUGCAGACAGAAGAGGAGCCUUUCACCGAAGAGGACCUUGAGCUUAUUAAAGAUAGAGAGACAAAUAUCCGUCAGCUGGAGUCAGACAUUAUGGAUGUGAAUCAGAUCUUCAAGGACCUUGCAGUUAUGAUCCAUGACCAGGGUGACAUGAUAGAUAGCAUUGAAGCCAGCGUGGAGAGUGCAGAGGUGCAUGUGGAGAGAGGAGCUGAACAACUCCAGCAGGCGGCUUAUCAUCAGAGAAAAUCCCGCAAGAGGAUGUGUAUACUGGCUCUUGUCGUGUCGCUAGUGGCGACCACCUUUGCUAUAAUUAUCUGGCAAGCAAUCAGAUAAGAUGAGAGCAGAAUCUUACAGAAGUACAGGAUCCUACUUCAGUGUUGACUGAAUGAUGUGUGUGUGUGUGUGUGUGUGUGUGUGUGUGUGUAUACAUGUUUUUCUAUACU